UUCAACAGUUCGGAAGACUCGCACGCCAGCGUGAACAUCGAAUUGAACUGCGUUCUUUGUUAAAAAAGAAAAAGAAAAAAAAAGAAAGAAACAUUUUUUUAUUCUUUUGAUUAUAUUGUCAAUCUAUUGUGUGAAAAUGGUUUGUAAAAAUGAAUUUAAUAAAGAUCACUUUGCAAAAAGAUGUAGCAAAAGAUCUACCCGAGUGAGAAUGAUGGGUUGAAAUUUUGUCACUAUUUCGAAGGUCAAAGAAUGCGACUAAAACAUUUGUUAUAUUCGAAAGUACCACAUAUUUACAAAGAUCAACGACUUUCUCCGCACCUCGGCAUGAUGGCUUGAAUAUUUUAUACUACUUCGAAUAGCUUUCUUUUGUUGCUUAAACAAUAGUCAAACAGAACUUUUACGGUUCGUUUAACUCCAUUUGAUUGGCUUAAUUUAAACAAUAAGGUUUUAAACACGUGAUACUUUCAAGUAAAUAUUGUAUAAAUUUUCUUGUUAUCUCAUGUCCACUUUUGUUCUCUGCUACAUAAGAAACACUCUUUCUUAUAUUGAUAUCUCCAAAAAGUUGCGGGCAACUUUCAUGUGGAUUUAUCUACACAAAGAGUGUUCAGAAACUGGAUUUCUUAUUGUAGUGAAUUAAAUAAUUUGUUCAAGCAGUCAGUUAAAAUGAGAUGUACAUGCAGCAUACGUCGUAGUUACAGAAAUUUAAACACUUCCCGAGGUAGCAUUCCAGACGAGGUAAAUUGUUCAUUUACCAAAGAAUCAAACGAAAAUCUAUUUAAUGGCGAAAAGAGUAUACGGUUAGAAGUCGGAAAAUAUUUAGGAUCGGGUGGAUUUGGUGAAGUUUUUGAGGGACGCUGUUUUGGUCGCAAAAUCGCAUUGAAGAGAUUUCAUAAAAACCUCAAAAAUCCUCACGCGGUUAGCGAAUCAUUUCAAGCAGAGAGAGCUGUAAUGACACUGUCUCACCGCAACGUUGUGCGUAUUCUUGCAACCACCAAUCAAAGUAUAGAACUUAAGCGCGAUAGACUUGUUUUAAUGGAAUUUGCUGGAAAAAAUAACUUACUAACAAUAAUUAAUGACGAUAAAGAAAAUAUAACACCAUUUCUUAGAAUGAGAUUUGCUUCUGAUAUUGCUUGUGCUCUGAACUAUAUUCACAAGCAAAAUAUUGCUCAUUUAGACGUUAAACCUGCAAAUAUUAUGGUAACUUACAAAAAUACUUGUAAGCUCGGAGAUUUUGGGUGUUCAAAAGUAUUAGCAGAAAAUGGACAAUCAUCACCCACAACUCCUACAAACUCAUAUUUAACUGGUACCUUAGCUUACAGAAGUCCUGAAUUACUCAAAGGUGAAUUUCCAACAUGUAAGGCAGAUAUGUAUUCAUAUGGUAUAUGUUUGUGGCAGCUUCUUACUCGCGAAAAGCCGUAUGGAAAUGAAAACAUGUACGUUGUGAUUUUCGGAGUAGUUUCUUACCAUUUGAGACCAGAUAUCACAGAGAAAAUGGAAUGCGAGAACAGUGCCUAUUUACAACUUGUUAAAUCGUUAUGGAGAGCCGAUCCGCUAGAAAGACCUUCAGCAAAAGAAGUUAUUGUAAAAUUAAGAAAUUUAAGGACAUGCCAAUCUCCUUGCCUAACCAAUCAAAUAAAGGCACGAUGGAGGGUUUGACAGUUUUUUCAACUUAAUAUUUUUUUAAUAACUAAAAUUAAUGAAUAAAUUAUUUAUCUCGUUUAAUAGAUUCAAAAACAAAACAAAAAUAACAAUAAUAAAAUAAAAAAUAAAAUUUAGAACAUUUAGAAAUUAGUUUAAUAUAAUUAAAAAAUAACUUUAAAAAACUUGUAGAAUAUUUUUUGUUUCAUAACGUUUUAAAAACUGAUAACUUUAUAUUAAACAUAUACAUUUCAAACAGUUUUAUGAGAUAGCAGCAUAUUGGAUUUUAUCUCAAAGCAAGAUUCUUUCUUAUUUUAAAAAAGUCAUAUCAAAACCGUGUUUGUAAAAAUGUUCCUUUUAUUGUAAUAUGUUUUUUUAACUAAAUGUAAAUUUUUGUACUUUUUACUGGAUACAAAUUUCUAUGACGAAUUUCUAAUAUGUAUUACUUCGAUUUAAUGUAUAUAACAGUUUAGUAUUGACAAAAAAAUAUAAUAAUUAAAUGAACAUUGUAGUUUGAUAAA